AUGGCUACCCUGCGGAAAGCAGUCGCUCCAGGCCCUUCAUUCAGCGACGGGUCUUCAGGCUCAAGGGGCAGGCACAGCAUCGUCGACAUCGCCUGCGCAUCGGCCUCCCUCACCACCCCCUGCUCGAACUCGCUCAGCUGCGGGUUCCGUCCGCCUGCACGCCCCAAGGGGGGUGAGGCUCCCAGUGAGGGUCGGGAUCAGGAGCGGUUGGUGGACGCUCAGGCGAAUCCCAUCCACGCGGGUAAGGGCGACGGGGAGGGGGGAACCGGAAGGCGGUCUUCGAGACGGUUGGCACGAGGGGAUGUUGACGCCGAGGUUGCCGCCACGGGGGUGGCGCCGGCGGAGCAGGGUCUUCAACAAGGGCCUGAGGAGGAGCGACGGGAGGUGCAACUGGCACAGGAGGCGCCGUCAGGGGCGGCGCGGACUCGAUCGACGGCGGCAGCGGCGGCGCUGGGGCCUCCGCCGAGGCCGGUGUCGACGGCUGCGGCAGCGAGGGCACAGGCGCGGAGGCAGUUGACUGCGCCAACGGCUGAAGGGCCGUCCCCGACGCUGACGAAGUCUGCUGCAGCGACGUCACAGACUGGGACAUUGGUGGCGGGAGCUGCAGGGGCUGGGAUUGCGCAGCCUGGUUUGGAGGGGACGGACCCAGUGGUCGGACUGCCGGCGGCCCAUACUGGCGCUGGGGACGAGGUGGGCGGCGGCGGCGGAUGGAUUGCCCGCGAGGCCGUAGUUGGGGAGGUGCCCGUCCUCGAGAAAACCGGAGCAUCGGCUGGCGAGGAGCCGGUGAGGGAGGAGGAGGCUGGGCGACAGCGCCGCCAACCCCGGCCGCAACUACAUCCGCGGCGGCUCGGAGCAGGGCUGGGACUUGCCCGCCCUGGACCCCUUGCGGGAUGGGAGAGGCAAGAGGACUCGCCGGACGGGCCGGCUGAGGAGGAGGCCGCCGCUUGCCUGUCAUCCGGCUGGCCGGUGAACGCGGCGGAGGAAACCCGUGAGAAGGACGCCGAGCUGGCGGAGGGAGCGGACCGAGAGGAAGAAGUGCUGCGCCGGGCAGAGGCAGAACGCAGGCGGAGGACUGGAACGAGCCGUCAGCGAGCACUGCAGGACCAGGCCGACGAUCGCGCGGCAGGCCUACAGCCGACAAACGCGGCGCCAAGGUCGGCGGAUAGAGGCAGGGGGAGAGGGCGGACCAGGGGGAGAGGCAGCCGAGAUCUGGCGGGAGCUGUGGCGAGGGAGAAAGCCAGAUCUGGUUUCUGGCGGGAACGACAUGGGAGGCCAGAGGAACAGGGUGAGGAGCCAAUGAAUGAAGAAGAGGGUGAGGAAGGGUCAGACUAUAUGGCAUCACAGGAGUCGGAAUCAGAAGAUGCCUCGCUGGAGGCCGAACGGGGGGUGCCCAUCCCAGCCACAGAGAGGGGACAGGGGUCUGGACAGGGACGGAGAGAGGAGGGGGCUGACGUGGGGGAAUCCGCACCGCAGCAGCCCAACGAGGCUACCAGCAAGGAGCGUGAUCCCACCACCAUCGUGGAUGAUGAGGGCACGUGGCAGAGGGUACACGCAUGGGAUCUGGGGCCACUGCAGUCCAGCGCGCAACCCUUCUUGCGCGUACCAGAACGAGCAGCUGCAAGACCUCCUGCUCCCUGCUAG